GAGAGAGAGAGAGAGAGAGAGAGAGAAUACUGUAUCUUGAUAUUGUGUUUGCUUUUUAAGUGGGGGGGUAAAUAAGUGCGUUUUUAAUUGCGCAAAUGCCCACUGCCCUCACCGCUGUUAUUCUGACAGGUUAUACAGGAGCCACAUAAAAAGUAAAUAAAGUAGCAACCCCAAAUUCCUGUUCACUCCUUCACCCACCAACCCCGCCCUCGCGUUCAUUCUCAUACCCUCUCACGCACAAACGCAUACAUAAACGCACACGCACAAUCAAACGACCGAGAAAGCUUUCUGGCUGAAAUUACUAAAAUAAGAUGGUUUAAUCAUGACUCUGGCUCUAGGCGGUAAUGCAGAUGCGGAUUCCUGAUCUGUACUGGACGCAAAGGAGGGAGGAUCUCAGGCUCGUACUACCGCAAAAUCAACGGUGAUCUCUUCUUGAGGAAGCUUACCUGACGCCAAGAUGCAGUGGCAGACAUGAAAACGCUAGUCGACUAGCCUAUUCUGGACAUUCUCUCCCCCAGAAACAUCAUUUCGAAAUAGUGGACUUACAACCGGAUAUUUUGUGUAGGCCUGCGUUAUAACAGGCACUCCAUGCGACUGACUCUAUGAAGCACGGGACGAAUCUGACCGGCAACUGGUAUAUCUCCUUUUUCCUGUUCUAUUCUUGGUGACAUUUUUAAUUAUUUUGUAUCUCAGUGGCCAAAGACAAUCGCCGUAUCACUGAUCAGGGGUAGGAUUCGUCUUUUCCCACCAUCCUCCCACGACGUGCCCGGCACAGGACUACAGAAUUAGCGGAACGGCAGCAUCGAGUCAACGCAUAGCUGGAUGGGGGAGAAAACCGUGAGAGCGAGUGCAAUAAAAGGGGGACAGUGAGACCGGGCCACCCCAACCUUAUGCACCGCACGGACGUUUUCCAAUCUGGCGAGCUCAGGGCUGAGAGUCAGGUGCAGUGAGGGCGCAUCAAUGAGCGUCUCCUCUCGGGACAGAGAGCUCUGAGCUUUUCCAUAUCCGUUGAAAAGACGCGGGUACGCAAGGGAAGACGCAACGGCGAGUUAGGAAGUUUUGAUGCAUAUGAUCACAACCACCAUGAUUUUCAUGAUCCUUGGUGCUUCUGUUGUAAUGGCGAUAGCGUGUUUAAUGGACAUGAACGCACUACUGGAUCGCUUUCACAACUACAUCUUACCGCAUUUACGAGGAGAGGACCGGGUCUGUCAUUGCAACUGUGGAAGGCACCAUGUCCACUAUGUGAUACCGUACGAUGGGGAUCACUCCCUGGUGGACUCGUCGGAGAACUACUUUGUGAGCGACAGUGUGACCAAGCAGGAGAUGGACCUGAUGCUGGGGCUGCUCCUGGGCUUCUGCAUCAGCUGGCUGCUGCUGUGGCUAGACGGGGCCCUGCACUGCGCCAUCCGGGCCUGGAGAGCCAGCCGCUACUACGGUGAGGACACCCCGUCCUGGUCAUGGCUUCCUCAGUUCUGUAACCUGCGGGACCUGCGCAGACGUGCGCAGCUGCGGCAGCUGGAGGACUCCAGUGGGAACAUGGUGCACAUCAAGCAGAAGCUCUACCACAACGGCCACCCCAGCCCCCGACAUCUCUGACUCUGAUUCUUGAUUCUUCUUGACAGCAUUAUUGCCAAACUGCCCCAUUGCCGACUGCUGCCUCAGAGACCCCCAUCUGGUCGCGGACCUCCAAAACUCAGAACAAAACAAAACAUAAAGUCAGCGACACCCUCCUAGACUCUACAAAAAUACCCCUUCAACAAAACCGCCCCCCCCAAAACACCCAAGACCACCCUCCACCUGGUCUCCUCCUCUCCAAAAUGGACACCGUAUUUGAAAAAGAAAAACAAAAGAAAACGAAAUGAAAAAAAAGCUGGGAGAGGAGGGAAAAAAACAUCUGACAAAGAGAGAGUUAAUUGCCAACAAAAAUCCAAAUCUUUGUGUCAAUGUCCAAAUAUGUUUGCAGGAACAAAGUUUUUUUUCGAGGGUCUCUGUUGUAUAUUUUCUUUCUCUUUGUUUGUUUG